UUCCCUCUGCUCCUGCUCUGCCCCACUUCAGCGGCGCCUGAUGGGCGGGCCCUGGGAGACCCCCUCCCGGCUGCCUCCUUAGGGGACCCCCCACCCAGCCCGGGUGGGGGGCGGGCGCAGGGGUUGCGCGCCCCUGCGCCUUGCGCGCCCUGCCCUAUGGAGAGGCGCCGGGCGCUUUGCUGCUGGUGGUGCCUGUCGCUCCUGCUGGCGGGGCAGCCGGCGGCCCGGGGGCACCCGCAGCCGUGCCACAUCCUGGCACGGAUCGGGCACACCGUGCGCCUGGGCGCCCUGCUUCCCCGCGCAGGGGAAGCCGAAAGCCGGGCGCGCAACGCCCUGGCCCGCGCCAGCCGCACAGCAACCUCCGCGCUGCCCUACAACCUUAGCCUCGAAGUGGUCCCCGGGGCGCCCCGGCAGAGGGACCCGGCCUCGCUGGCCCGCUGGCUGUGCCAGGCGCUGGUGGUGCGCGGAGUGGCCGCCGUGCUUGCCUUCCCCGCGUCCCGCAGGGAGCUGCUCCAGUUGGACUUCGCCGCCGCCUUCCUCGAGAUCCCCUUCGUCAGCAUCCGGGAAGAGGAAGAGGAGGAGGAGGAGGAAGAAGGGGAAGGCAGAGGGGGACAAAGUGCGAAGACCCCCAUGCCCUUCAGGAGCCGGAACCCCUUCCACCUUCACAUGGACCGGAGCAACGACUUCGAGACGCUCCUGGAGCUGCUGGCUAACAUAUUCCGCUCCAACAAAUGGCACGAGGUCACCCUGGUGCUGUGCCAAGCGUGGGACGUCCCUGCCUUUGUGGACCUGUGGAGCAGUUACGCCGAGCUGGAGAGGACGGCCGUGGUGGACCUGAGCUUCCUCGAGGAGACGGAGGCCGCCCGCCUCCUGCGCCGCCACUUGGAAGAGUACCGGGAACUUCCCGGCCCCGCUCUGCUCUUUGGCUGCGACGCCCGCCACUCCCAGCUGGUCUUCCGGACAGCCAGGGACCUAGGGGUGCUCCAGGAGUUCCACUGGGUGCUAGGGCAGCCCCAGAAUGUGGACGAGCUCCGGACGGAAGGGCUGCCCCUGGGCCUCUUAGCCUAUGGGGAGGUGGGCAGGCCGUCCCUGGAGCAGUUCGUCCACGACGCAGUGGAGCUGGUUUCGAGGGCCAUCUCGAAGGCCGUUUACAUCCGCCCGGACCUCGCCCUCAUCCAGAGCAUGGUGAACUGCAACGACAAGCACACCGUCGCCUCCGAGUCCUCAGGGCGCUACCUCUCCCAGUUUCUAGCCAACACGUCCUUCCGCGGCCAGACAGGGGAGGUCUUUGUGCACAACACGUCCCGCGUCCACACAGAUCGCCACUACAAAGUCUGGAGCCUCCUGAGGGACUCUGUGGGGCAGCCCACGUGGGUGACGGUGGGAACCUGGAAAGGGGGCGAGAUGGAGGUGGAGGAGGGGACGUGGCCCCAGCACCUGCAGCGCAGGAACCAAGCGGAGGGAUUUUGCCGCAUGAAACUGCGUGUGGUGACCUUGGUAGAGCACCCUUUCGUCUUCACAAGAGAGGUGGAUGAAGAAGGCAACUGUCCUGCUGGCCAGCUGUGUCUGGACCCCCGAACCAAUGACUCGGCCGUUCUGGACACCCUCUUUGACGAGCUCAACUCUGAGAAUGGCUCGGUCCCCGCCGAGUACCGGAAAUGCUGCUACGGCUACUGCAUUGACCUCCUGGAGAAGCUGGCCGAGGACCUCCCCUUUGACUUUGACCUCUACAUUGUGGGGGACGGGAAAUACGGGGCCUGGAAGAACGGCCGCUGGACAGGGCUGGUGGGGGACCUCCUGAGUGGGACGGCCCACAUGGCAGUGACGUCCUUCAGCAUCAACUCGGCCCGCAGCCAAGUGAUCGACUUCACCAGCCCCUUCUUCUCCACCAGCCUGGGCAUCCUGGUGAGGGUCCGGGACACGGCGUCUCCCAUUGGGGCCUUUAUGUGGCCGCUGCAUUGGACGAUGUGGGUGGGCAUCUUUGUGGCUCUCCACGUGACCGCCCUGUUCCUCACCCUCUACGAGUGGAAGAGCCCCUACGGGAUGACCCCCCACGGGCGCAACCGCAUGAAGAUCUUCUCCUACUCCUCGGCGCUCAACCUCUGCUACGCCAUCCUCUUCGGGCGAACCGUCUCCAGCAAGACGCCCAAGUGUUGGACCGGGCGCUUCCUGAUGAACCUCUGGGCCAUCUUCUGCCUCUUGGUCCUUUCCAGCUACACCGCCAACCUGGCCGCCGUAAUGGUGGGAGAGAAGACCUUUGAGGAGCUGUCUGGGAUUCACGACCCCAAGCUGCACCAUCCGUCACAAGGAUUCCGAUUUGGGACUGUGUGGGAGAGCAGCGCGGAGGAAUAUAUCAAGAAAAGUUUCCCAGACAUGCACGAAUACAUGCGGCGGCUGAGUGUCCCCACGACCCCCGCGGGCAUCAAAAUGCUCAAGACCAACCCUCCGAAGCUGAAUGCCUUCAUCAUGGACAAAUCUCUGCUGGAUUACGAGGUGUCCAUCGACUCCGACUGCAAGCUCCUCACCGUCGGGAAACCCUUUGCGAUCGAAGGCUACGGGAUCGGCCUUCCUCAGAAUUCGCCCCUGACCUCCAACAUCUCGGAGUUCAUCAGCCGCUAUAAAUCGGCUGGCUUCAUGGACCUCCUCCACGACAAAUGGUACAAGAUGGUCCCCUGCGGAAAGCGGGUCUUCGCUGUCACCGAGACCCUGCAAAUGGGCAUCUACCACUUUUCGGGGCUCUUUGUCCUUCUUUGCAUCGGUCUCUGUGGCUCUUUGCUGACUUCCCUCGGAGAGCACAUCUUCUACCGCCUCAUCUUGCCUCGCAUCAAACGCAAGAAGAAGUUCAACUACUGGCUUCACACCAGCCAGAAAAUCCACCGGGCGCUGAACAUGGGUUUGGAGGAACAGAGGAUCAAAAAGCUGAAUUUGGAGAAAAGGUGCAACAUCCAAAAGAGCCAAGAGGAACCAGAGGUCCCGCCGCCCCCGCCGCCCUCCAACCAGCCAGGUUGGAACAACCUCCGCCGGGUGGCCGUGAAGAAGGAGGACAAACGCGUCCAUUUCAACAUCGAGAACGCCCCGGACGAGGCUUCGGAUGAUGAGCGAGAGGCCCCCGUCUGGCACUGCAUGAACGGCCAGGAUCCGCAGCAGGGCAGCAAGGAGGCCAAAGAGAAGGAGCUGAAGGAGCUGGAGAGCAAGAUCAAGGACAUGCGCGAGCAGCUGCGGGCUGCCCUGGUGCGCAAGAGCGAGCUGAUGGUGGCGCUGGGGCCACCACCCAAGGCGCCCCGCCUGCCCCCCGCCCUCAAGGCCUUGAUCAAGGAGAGCAACGAGGACAGGUGAUGCCCGGGGGCAGGGGCCGCCUCUUGCCGGCUGGCUCUGCGGGGCGGCUCCAGCCAGUUGUGGAGACGG